CCCUCCCGCCUCGCCCCGGUGGGGAUUACAGGGGAAAUGGAACUAGGGUGGGAGGGAAGCGGAGACACAAUAUAAGCACGUCCGCCCCGGCCGGACCCGCGACAGAGACAGACGCCGGCGCCAUGGACGUGAGGACGCCCGGGACCACAGGCCUCGCAGUCCUGUCUGGCUCGCUCAUCUUCCCCCCGCUGCUGACUCUGGUAGUGGGCUCAGCCCUGGCCCGGGAUGCAGUGCUACCGUGCCCGGAGAACGGCCUGAACGUGACGCUGACAAGGACCGAGCCUGAGAUGUCCAUGAAUGAGACGUUGAUCCUGUCCUGCAAAGGCUGUAGCCGAUUUGCUCACUCCAGCUUCCUGUACUGGCUGGGCAACGAUACCUUCAUAGAAAAUCUGCCGGGCAAACUAUGGGAGGACAAGACUCGGAGGCUGCGGGGGAACGGAGUGACCUUGCUGCAACGAGACCUGGUGCUAGAGGAGCCGAGCCCCGACCUGCGAAACAUCCCGUUCUCCUGUGUUCUGGUGGACCCUGUCCAGGUCUUGCAGCGUGAAGUGCUCCUGGCCCAGCUCUGGGAGCCGGAUGGGGGAACACCCCCAACUACUUAUGGACCUGAGGAAGAAGCCCAGCCAGCAGCUCCAAGGAAAUCGGACUAGGCCUGACCAGUGGAGGCAGCACAUGGGGCGAGGAAGUCUCCCAAUAAAAUGUUAAUCCCA